GCGCGCGAGAGAGAGCGAGAGAGAGACCGAGACGUCCGCGCUCCUCCUCCUCUUGCCGCCAGUCCGCGCACGCGAGAGCCGCACCGGCUGAGAAAUGCUGCGUUUACCAACAGUGCUUCGCCAGAUUCGGCCAGUUUCGAGAGUUCUGGCCCCACACCUUACACGAGGCUAUGCAAAAGAGGUUAAAUUCGGGGCAGAUGCUAGAGCUCUUAUGCUACAGGGAGUGGACCUCCUAGCUGAUGCUGUAGCUGUCACCAUGGGGCCAAAGGGCAGGACAGUGAUUAUCGAACAGAGUUGGGGAAGCCCCAAGGUGACAAAGGAUGGCGUGACAGUCGCCAAGGCGAUCGACUUGAAGGACAAAUACAAGAACAUUGGAGCUAAGCUGGUUCAAGAUGUCGCCAACAAUACCAACGAAGAGGCGGGAGACGGUACCACCACUGCAACAGUGCUGGCUCGUUCGAUCGCCAAGGAGGGGUUUGAAAAGAUCAGCAAAGGAGCAAACCCCGUGGAAAUCAGGAGAGGGGUGAUGCUAGCUGUAGAUGCUGUCAUUACCGAACUGAAGAAACUGUCCAAACCUGUCACGACACCAGAAGAAAUUGCUCAGGUUGCCACAAUAUCUGCAAAUGGAGACAAGGAAAUAGGCAACAUAAUUUCUGACGCUAUGAAAAAAGUCGGACGAAAGGGUGUUAUCACGGUGAAGGAUGGGAAAACACUGAACGAUGAGCUGGAAAUCAUUGAAGGUAUGAAGUUCGACCGAGGGUACAUCUCCCCCUACUUCAUUAAUACAGCCAAAGGACAGAAGUGUGAAUUCCAAGACGCUUACAUUUUACUCAGUGAAAAGAAGAUUUCCAGUGUUCAGUCCAUAGUACCAGCUCUUGAGAUUGCCAAUAAUCACCGUAAGCCUUUAGUUAUUAUUGCUGAAGAUGUUGAUGGGGAGGCCCUCAGUACCCUCGUGUUAAACAGACUGAAAGUUGGUCUACAGGUUGUCGCUGUGAAAGCACCAGGUUUUGGUGACAACAGAAAAAAUCAGCUCAAAGAUAUGGCAAUCGCCACUGGUGGCGCAGUGUUUGGGGAGGAAGGCUUGACCCUAAAUGUUGAAGACAUUCAGCCUCACGACUUUGGUAAAGUUGGAGAAGUCAUUGUGACAAAAGACGAUUGCUUGCUGCUUAAAGGGAAAGGGGAUAAAGGUGCCAUCGAAAAACGCAUUCAGGAAAUAAUUGAACAGCUGGAAGUGACAAACAGUGAAUACGAGAAGGAGAAGCUGAAUGAACGCCUGGCUAAACUUUCUGACGGAGUCGCUGUACUAAAGGUUGGGGGAACAAGUGACGUUGAGGUGAAUGAGAAGAAAGACCGAGUCACAGAUGCCCUUAACGCCACACGUGCGGCCGUAGAAGAAGGCAUCGUUCUCGGAGGGGGCUGCGCGUUGCUGCGUUGCAUACCGGCACUCGACAACUUGACUCCACUCAACGAGGAUCAGAAGAUGGGCAUCGACAUUAUCAAGAGAACACUAAAAAUCCCAGCAAUGACCAUUGCCAAGAAUGCAGGCGUCGAAGGAUCGCUGAUAGUGGAGAGAAUCAUGCAGAGCCCCCCCGAGAUCGGCUACGACGCUAUGCUUGGUGACUUCGUAAAUAUGGUAGAGAAAGGCAUCAUUGACCCGACAAAGGUCGUGAGAACCGCUUUGAUGGAUGCAGCUGGCGUCGCUUCCCUCCUGUCUACAGCUGAAGCCGUGGUGACGGAGAUCCCGAAAGAGGAGAAGGAAGCUGCCAUGGGGGGUAUGGGGGGCGGCAUGGGAGGGGGCAUGUUCUAAUCAUCCUGGGGGGCUCGACGGAUGUGCAUCAUGAACUAUAACAAUUGUGACUUGACAGUUGACACUUCAGGUCUUUGAGGGGCAGGGCGGCGGAGAGUGACUGCAGAAGGGGGCGGUGUUCAAAGAAUCAUUGUAACGUUCGUUACUGGAUUUCAGUUGACACACGUAUAAUCGUUUACGGCCAUUGUCCAUGCUAAGCAGAUAAUUUAUUUUGUACUUUGAAUAAAAAGACAUUUGUACAUUCCUGAUACUGGAUGCAAGAUCUGUGUACCAGUGUGCUCUAAACACAAAUUAGCAGCAGCACGUCAAACAGGUCUGUCUGAAUCAGAAUUUAUUGGUGCCUGCUAUUGCUAAGAAAUCCGAAAGCCAUUGUGUGCAGAACAGAAUUGACGAGGGGGAAAUGUGUACAAAGUAGACAAAUAUACAAUUAUGUGACAACUUUAUGUAAUAAAAGAUUGUUCAGAGAUAUGAAAUGUUACUUAACUUAUUCACAGAACAUGGAAUUAAUCCUGUUUACCGGAGAGCCGAGAGGUAAUAGUUCAGUUCAUAAAAUGCUCAUUUUUCUCGAGGUGCAGUAAGGUUUAACCUUACUGAGGAUGACACUGUCUUUUGGAUGGGAUCCUGUAUGCCAUUAACUUGUUCAAGUAGGAAAAGAGUUACCUUUUCAACACGAGGUCAGAACAGACACCCACAGAAGACUAGUUGCUCCAUUGAGAGAGCCUGACCCAAAUCCCCUCCUCUCUUAAACACUUUUUAUUGCAAGACUUUAGAGUCAGCUUUUAUUUUUGUACUGCACCAAGUACCAUUUAGAGGACUGUGAACAGUCUUAUUGCAAGUCGUUUAUCAGCCUGGAAGGAGAGAACUCCCGAGUCCCCUUUUAAGAACAGAGUUGGCUGGGACAAGAGGGGUUCACCCCAGCAUGAAAACCAGAAAUGGGUGGCGAGGGCUUCCCACCUUGUGGAAAGAGAAAGGGAUCCCCAGGAAGAGGUGAGCCAUGACUCACAAAAGCUCCUCCCCUGCCACAAAUUGUGUUGCUCACUAAGGUGCUACUGGACACUUGCUCUUUUCUGCUCCUACAGACUAACACGGCUACCCCUCUUGCUCUAACACAACCCUAGUCACUGUAAAAGUAAAUUGAUUUUUCCCUCCUUUGCCGCCAUCCUUGCAUAAAGGAAGCACAAAGGAAUAGCCCUGUGCUCAGAUGCUAUCUGAGAGUGGCUUCCCAUUCCGUCCCGGGAGUUCAGCUUUCGUCGGGGCAGCCCUUCUUUUCCCUGCUGCGUCGGCUUGUCGCUAAAUUUAUAAACACCGAAGGAAGCUUCUUGCUGUCUUUGGGACAGCGUCCCCUCCCGCUAGACGCACUGGUCUAGACACCUGCUUUUAAAGCCUGGCCUAACUUCUCGAACUGAUCCGUUCUGAGGACAGACAUUUCCAUGAUGGCUAUGCUGCUUAGAAAAGGGGGGGCUGUCAUGUCUGAUGGGCACUGGUGUCAGGGAGGGGGGAGAUGGCGGGGCCAUGGGGGAAAGUAGCAAUCAAAACCCUCAUGUUUGAGAACAGUUGAAAUAUUCUAACAAGGCUGUACCAUAAAUUUUAUUGAUCGGGCACUGUUUUAUGAAAGGCCACUCCACCCCCUCCCGUACACCCUCCUGUAACUUGCAGCUAACUGCCUUAAAAAAACUGGUUUAUAAUCUUGCUCAGAGCAAACAUUUCCAUCUCAAGGAGAUUCCCUUAUUAACUUUAAUUUACAAUGGGGUGUGCUGUCAGCUCCACGGGCUGUCAGCCAUUUAUGGAGGUCCUGCACCAGUCUGCGGUAACAUUCUAGAUUGCUUGAUUAUUUAA